GAAUAUUUCUGUUAACAUAUCUGGAUCAUCUACUUCCUAUUGCUUUGUUUUUCAACCUUUCCAAUUGUCUUAUACGACGUUCUCUAUCGCAGACGAGCAACAACAUUAGCCAAACUUUGUACCCGACUGUUUGCACAGUUGGCCUUAUAAGGUGAACAUUCGUUAUAUAAAAGUUGCCAUUCGUACUAUAGCGAUUUUACUAAGCUCGUUUCGAUACUUCAAGAUGAAGACACGUAUUGCUUUCCUGUUGCUGGUCGUUGUUGUCGUACUUAGCGAAGUACAGGGGCAGGGUUUAGUUAUUGAACCUUGUUUGGCCUGGAUGAAACCACAGCCAACGUGUCCAGUUAAUGAACGUUAUACAUGCUGCAAAACAUGCUUCGAGCUAACGUGCCGCACCAGAAAUAUUGCUGUGAAAUGUGCCCCACCGUGCUAUGGUGGUUGCAUUUGUAGAGAUGGUUACAUCCGCGCCGUUACUAAUGGAAAAUGUAUUCCAAUCAAAUCUUGUCCACUCAUAUUUCCAAUUGUCUAAAUCGCUAUGAAACUAUGUGGUUGAUUAUGGAAUGAUUGUUGCUCGUUUCGUUGUCAACAAAGAGAGGUUGCUUUACACAAAUAAAAUACAAUCCAGCGAAUUAAUUUAAUCGUACUACAAUUCUUUUUUUGUUACGUAAGAAGUGUCUUGAGAAG